UCUCCCCCGGUGCCCUGCUAAAACAGACUCAAAUGCAACUCUGCGUCAUUGGUGGAGAAUCCUUCAGAGGAACUCCCCCGUGUGCUUGACCGAAAACGAUGGACGGGGGGAGGCAGCAAAGAUGUCUUCGCUUUUGUUCGUCUCUCGCCAGGCCAUGAGAAAGUUGACUUGCCUCCUACCAGCCAGGACUUCUCGUGUCCAGAGUGAGCUCGAUUUGGUCGCAUUGAUGUGAGUGGGCGCCUCGACGGACUUUGACGCCUCGCUUCUCCGCCAUGACAUCUGCACUCCGGCUUGCUCUGACUGCGCUUGCGGCAUUAUGUACCUUGCCUGGCGCACAAGCCCAAGGUCAAGUAUCAAUAGCGACGAACGGAACGGGGCCAUUGUCCCAAUACAAAUCUAGACCCGACAUUUACGCACCGUUCCUGAACAUCUCUCUAUUCGACGAAGAUGCGGUAACCCCUGGAUAUAUUUUCCUGGGCCCAUACCAGACAUUUCAAGAGGCUAUCUACAUCUACGACAACAGAGGGAACUUGGUGUAUUCGGGAUAUGGCGCGACAGGCGGUGGCCCUAGCCACAAUUUCCACCUUUGCUCAAUCAAUGGGACAGACAACCUCUGCUACAUCACCGGUGGUCAGAAUGUCGGUUACGUUCGAGGCUACGCGGUAGUCCUGGACGACACUUUCACGGCCAAAACCUCGAUCCAUUCGCAAGCAGGGGUGGCCAAUUUUGACGAGCAUGAAUUCAACGUCCUCCCCGACGGCUCCUCUCUUUUCACACUCUACAACCCCGAGCACUAUGACCUGUCAGCUUACAACAUCACGUCAGGGCAGGGCUGGAUCAUGAACAACUUCUUCCAACGUAUCGAGAUUGGGACCAGUCGAUUGCUCUUUGAAUGGUCUGCCUUGGACCACGUCCUGCCCAACGAAACAUUCGUGCUGCCAGACACGACCGAGGUUUCGGGAGAUGGGUUUGGACCGACGAGCCCCUGGGACUAUUUCCAUAUCAACAGCGUCGAUCAGAAUGCAGACGGGGACUACUUGGUCUCUUCACGCCACACUUGUACCGUCUACAAGGUGUCCGGACAAGAUGGCCACAUCAUUUGGCGACUAGGCGGUAUAGCCUCCGACUUCAGCUUCCCCGCGGGCCUCAAUUUCAGUUUUCAGCAUGAUGCGAGAUUCCGCGAAGAGAACGAGACCACCACCAUAAUCUCGUUGUUCGACAAUGCGUCGAACGGUUACAACCAGACCUCCCGCUACUCUUCCGGUCUGGUUUUGAAGCUCGAUCAUACCACGAACUCGGUCACGCUUCUCAAAAGGUUCAUUGCGCCAUAUCAAUUCCUCUCCCAAUCGCAAGGUAAUGUGCAGGUCCUUGGCAGUGAUCAAGAUUGGUCGACUUCCAACGUUUUCAUGGGAUGGGGUAAGAAUGCUUAUAUCUCCGAGUACGCGCCUGACGGGCGCAUGGUCCAGCAAGGACACUUCGCGACAGAAGGGUCAAUGCACUAUCGCGCUUUCAAGUACAACUUUACCUCCAAUCCCACCGAUGCGCCAGCUCUGUACACAUAUGCACACAAUACCAGUGCGCCGACAUCGUACUGGAUGAGCUGGAAUGGCGCCACGAAGGUCGCGCAGUGGCGCAUUUACUCGAGUACCUCGCGCAACGGGCCUUGGAAUGUUGUCGGCACUGUCCAUAAAAGUGGAUUUGAAACCAUGUUCACUGCGCCCAAAUACCAUCCUUGGAGUUUGGUCGAAAGCCUUGAUGUGAACGGCAACCCAUUAAGGAACAGCACGAGGCCGAUCAAGACAUUCGUCCCCAGCGCACAACUCGCAGCAAAGUGCAAUGGCUCAGGAUGCCCAACGGCUAGCACUUAUAGUAAUGGAUCGCGCAGCUCAAGCCCGUCGGGCUCUUCGCCGACCAGUUCCAGCGCGGGUGCCUCGACACAAAAACGAAGUGGUGUGGAUGGCAAGCUGGGCUUUGCCGCCAUGUUUGGCUUCGGGGCAUUGAUGGUGUAGACCUUCUUCCGUAUCGAGUAUUCAUAGAACCGAUCGCUACUCGGUAGAGCUCCUAGAUCAAAGUAUCUGUAUCCAACCAACUUGGAUGAAAACUAUCACGCAAACAAAAUGCCACAUGAUGAGGCGCGAUACGGGC